AACCGAACUGUGAUUUUUCAAAAAUGCCCAAAAGUGCUCGAAAUGUUAAAAGUAAAACUCCAAGAACUUCUAUUGACGUUACUGAUUGGGAUACGAAACUUAGUAAUCUCAAACUAAACAAUGAUGACUGGAAUAUGUCACUCUCUAUUAUCUCACCUUCAGUCCUAAUUGAGAGUGAAAUAAUAUCAAUCCUGACUGUUGGGGUUACUAAUGGACAAAGACAACGCUUCACGGUAGUAACAUAUGAAGAUGUUUUAGACCAAAUAGCUGCACAAUGCAAAAAUAAAAAUACUAAAGACGCCCCUGAAUUUUAUGAAGUUUGCGUCCUAGCUAAGAAUUACUUAGAAUCUGUUGGUGAACUGGACCCACAAAUACUGUCUAAGGUUCUAAAGUUUAUCUUCAACAACUUGAGAGUAGAAGAUCUAAAACAGCAAUCUGCUAAGAAAAAUUCAGUCACGAAACCUAACCAUCUGGAAGAAUCCAAGAAGAAGGAGAAUCCUAAAGAUAAAAAAGUAGGAGCUAAAAAUAUUAAACAGUCAGAACCUCCCGUUGCCAAAGGGAAAAGUAAACUUUAUAAGCGUGGAGAAGAAAUACCAGAGGAAAAAUAUCUCGGGGAUGAACCAGACAAUGGAAUUUCGCGGUAUAUUUUACUUGUUAACUUCGAGAAACUUGGGCUUUUGGAAGAGUUAUGUCGUCUUCACAUAGACAUUCACAGUAUCAUACGCUUACAUGUAAACGAUCAAAAGCAGUUGCAGAUAUUAAUUACUAAACAAAAAGCUGAAAAGAUGUGGGGUUCAAAAGGAUAUGAACAAGAUUUGGAGCAAAUGAGAACUGAGCAGGAAGCAUUAAUCUUAGCAGAAGAACAUUUAAGACAAUACUGGCGUACAACUAGUAUUUUAAUGCGAGAUCAUGCAUACGAUCGUCUUGGAAAUAUUGCCACCUUAGACUAUAAUGUUAAAACAGAAUUACUUCCUGAUGAUUUAAAUGGAACAGAAAAUAGAGCUUCUUUUGGAGCUUCAAUGUUCAACGAAAUAGCUACUAUCCUCUAUGAUCUUAUUGACUUCAGACGUCAGUGGCAAAAUUAUCUACAGCAUAUAAAAGUUAUUCAGCUGCCUAUAUGCCCACCGCUGUUGGAUGAAAACUCUCAACUAAGUCAAAAUCAAACACUAAGGAUGUCCAAACCAGCAUUAAGCUUAAUACCAGAGAGUACAGAUAAAAUUGUAUUGAAGAGUGAAGAAUGCGGAGACAUAUCAUCAGGAGAAGAAUACGUCGACAUGAGGUUUUACAGUGAGGUACUACAAGGAUUACCAGUUGAAAGUACAAGUGUUGAGCUGAUACUGCAUGCAGUACUAGAACAGGUUGCCGCCACAGAGAAUGGGAUUUUACCAAGGAAAAUAUCUAUUGAUGAAAAAGCAAGAACUGAAGGAAUUGAUCCAAAUAUAGCUAGAAAUAUUGCCAAUGAAGUAGACAAAUUAUUAUUAUCUGAUGCGGAGAGAAGUAUGUUGAGUGAAGAAAUACCACUUCAUAAGAAUUUAACCAAAUCUCCUUUAAGCACUUCUCCUACUAUCAUAAUGCAUCCAUACGAUGAAAAUCAAUAUAAGCAACUUCUUGCUUCUGGAAAAGUUAAUAACUGCGACGAGCUUAUGAAAUGUGAAUUGGAUUUGUUUACUCGAUUAUUCCCGAAUGUUUUCUGUCAAGCAAGUGGAGAAAAAUGUAGUGAAAUAACCUCAGAAUCACGAGCGCUUGAUAAAGACCCCUUAGAAGAGGAUCAAGCAAUUAAAGAAAACUUGAAGAAAAUGAAAGAUGUGCGCUUUGGUCAAAUUCUGCGAUUUGCUGAAAAGUAUGGUUUUACUGAAGAAGAAUUUAAGCAUUACUUUAACAAACUUCAGUUAGAGGGCUUAGAUGUAUGGAGAUUGUAUUCAGCAGGAAAGAAAUUCCAACAAUCUUUAGAAGUGAUGCAGCCGUUAGGAUUAUCCUGUGGAACACUAGCAGAAAACCCAGUCAGCAAUGUAUUAGUUCAAUCAUUUGGUGAUGAUUGCAAGAAAGAUAAAAAAAUGAUGAUCAAAUUACACCGAGAUUUAGCAAACUUAUUUAUUAAAAUUGAAUACGAAAUCAGUCAAUUGUCAAAAUCUUCCACAGAAAAAGAGGGCAGUCAAGAACAACAAUCUUCUUCAACUGCAUCCUUUUCAGUUAAUUCUUCAAUGUCAUCAUUGUUUCCUAAGAGGCGUAGCCGGUCUGUUUCAUCAGCAUCUUCAUCAGUAAACCAGAGAUCUUCAACAUCAUCUAGACAGAGCAAUAGUACUAGAACAAAAAGCGAAACACGUAAAUCUCAAACGUCAACUGAAACAGGCACUGAAUCAAAGUCAACUACAGGUAGACGAAGUUCAUCAGCAGUUCACUUUGAUUUACCGUCAGCAAACAAUAAAGGUAUAAACUGUGAAAUCAAAGAAAAGAAGAAUAGAUUUAGUAAGCUCACCUUGUUUGCUCAGGAGUUACAGGAGUUAUUAAAACAACUGCAAGACAAUAAUCAGAUAAUAAUGGUUUCUGGUGAUGAGAAAGAGAAGUUCAGUCCGAUAGAUUCAAGCGCAACGUGCACUGUAAUGUCAGAGAACUUUGGCACACUGGUAGAAGAAGCAAGAAAUAUACAUUUAAAUGAGUGGUGUAUAGAAGAGAGGUUAGACCCGCAUAUACUACUCCAGAGACUGCAUUUCUUAAAUUAUGAAAGUCCUCAUCUGGAUGUCUAUAAACGUCGCCACGAUGAAAGCUUUCGACCUUAUCUACAAUUGAUUGAAUCACAUAUUAGAAACUGGACAAGAGAACAAGAGGCACUUUAUGAAGCAGCUAAGCUAAGUGCUGAAAUCUUACAAGAUGAUACAAGAAUUGAUACUCCAGUUGGAGAGAUCCAGUCAAAGACAGAGAAGAAGACAUCUCCUAAAUCAAGGAAAGUUAAUAAAUCAAAACGUGCACGCUCUACGAGUGGGUCGGAAUCUGAUACAAGCAAUACACCUGGUGAUACAAAGUCCCUGUUGGGAGAUCCUAACGAGUUUAUCUUUCCUGGAUCACUGAAAGCAUUACACAGAGAACAGGAACUUAUAAAGCUGAAAAAAGAAACUGUAGAACGUCAGAAAGAAGAAAACCGCAUUAAGUCAGCUAAAAAACGGGCAGAGAAAGAAGCUGCUCAAACACAGAAAAAAGAAUCAUCAGGAAAACGUAAUAAAUCACCUAGCCCGAAGUCACCAAUACAGAAGAGUAACACAGAUGAUGAUACAAAUCAAGCAGAACAUCUAAAGCCUAGACAAAGUGAUUCUGAAUUUUGGCCAUUUAUAGGCUAUGAUAUUUCCAACAUAUUACCACAUUUAACCGGAGAAGUGACUCAUAUGUUCCCUACGGAUGGCGGUACAAUAAAAACGCAAAGAAGUGAAGUGCCAACAGGUGGAUCAAACUUGCGGGUUAGUCUUAUGAAAGACGGUCAUGUGUUCACAAUCCACAAGGCUGAUGGUCCACCAGAGCCGAACAUUCCUUAUAAAAAAUCAAAUGAAACUGACUUUGUCGGUGAAGAAAACGAGAGUGCUACAAAUCAAUUCAAAUCAAAUGACAUCAUACAAGAAGACUGUCAUGAUCAUGAUGUCACGAAGAAUCCUGUAUUACCAGAGUUAUUUAGUUCAGUUACUGCAUGCUUUUCUGAUGGUAUUUGCCUUGCUGUUUGUAGAAUGAACAAUAUGGCUUCGACGUCUCAGACACAGCUAGACCACAUCAAUCUACAAUACAAAACAAAUAAUAUCAACAAUAAUUCGAAUAUUCCCGUGAACAGUAUUCCUGUCAACAUUAACAACAAAGUUGGUCCUAUUCACAUAGAUGAAUGUGGGGAAAAUUUACAGACGAAUCAGUUUAAACAAUUCAUCCAUCUUUCUACACCGGACGGGGCACAGAUAUGUGUUUAUCAUGAUAUCAGCGAAGAUUCAAAUCUAAUUACUGACGAAAGUAAGAAAGAAGGAAAGGAGGUUGGUAACACUGAAGACGAUGAAUGUUCAGUCAAUGAUGAACAAAAUAAUUCAUCCUCCAAAUCUUUUCAUGGGACGCUUUUAAAGUUAUUAUCAUCUAUUAAUUCUAAUCUUAAUACUGUUAACAGUGAUGGCACAUACGUGAACUCUUCAAAAAUGAAAUCAGAUAAAGAAUAUGAACUGACACGUUUUAUCACAUCAGAUGGCAUAGUGAUACAGGUCUUGGUGCCCGGUUGUACAUCAUCGGCUUCAACAGCAUUAAAAAUAUUGUAUCCCGAUGGUGCAAUUAUGGAACGAGGUACAGCUGUUGCAGAAGAAUUAAGAAGAACUGAAAAUCCAAACUUUUCACAUGAUGAACAGGAAAUUAACGUCCAUACAGAGACUGUGAUUCCAAAUGCAUUGCAGGUUAAUCCAGUCCACCCGCAAAAGACAUCUGCUAAGAAAAAGAGUGCUAAAAAGAAAGCAGAAGAGAAAAAACAAGAUGAUGUUCCUGCAUUGGCUGCAACAGAAAAUGCAGUGUUUGUAACUCCAUCCAGUACGUCAAGGUCAACGGCUGAUGAUCCAGAUGAGGAUUUACCUUGGCUUGUUACUCUUUUGUCGGGUGAACGUUUUUGGUUCAAAUUAGCAAAGUCUUGUCAACGUAAUGAAAAGUCAAUCGAGGAUACACCAACUACAGAUACAUCAGCAUUCAGGUCGCAAGAGUCAGUGACCUUAGAUACGCCUAGUUCAAAACGUUCAGUUGAUACACUCAAGUAUGAAGUAAUUUCUAGCAAAUCAAUAGAAUCAUUUCGAGCUCAUGAUCCUGCUACUGGUGAGACAUUGUAUACGCGACCUGAAGAUGGAAUGAUUGCUGUAGAACCUCAUCCAGACAGUCCAUUUAAAUUAAUAAUACAGCACUCUGAUGGAACGCGGAUAACACAACUCUUAUUAAUAUGUGAUAAUGAGAAAAUGACUGAUAAGCCGAAUAAUGAGCUUUCACACUCAAAUUUAAACAAGCCACAAAUAUUUAUUCGUGUAGAAUGUGUUGGGUUCCCAGCUGUUGUUCUCAAUAAGUCAACUGGAGAGUUUGAGAUAUCAUUGUUUGGUAAAAGUCAGUUCUCAUCAACAUUUCAUACCAAUCCAAGAGGAUAUCAUUUGUUACAGCAUUUUAAUGGAGGUCAGCUAAACGUCAAUCCUGAUAGUUCUGUUUAUUAUACAAGUCAAUCACAGGAAAUUAUUGAAUUAAAUGAGCCAACUGUUUAUGAAAUGCAUUAUAAUGACAAUGAAAGUUUAUUGGACUGCGUUGAUCCACAUAAAAAUGUGUAUACAGUUGACAAUUGGGCAAACUGUAAUGUUCUUUUGACUGUGAGAGGUAAAAGGCAUCCACUAGAAGAACUCGAUUUUGAACCAAAUAAGGUCAAUUCCACUGAAUUAACGAGUGAUAAAAGUGAGCAACAAGUUCAAGAUCCACUGAAGUUAAAUUCUUUGGGGAAAGAGAAUGUUAACAGUGGUCAGACGAAUGAACCAAAAACUGAAGAAUCAACUAACAGAUCUCGCUGCCUACAUGACGAACAUAUACCACGAUUAUUUUAUUACAAUCCUGAAAAACAUAUAGUCAGUGAACUGCUGCACUUCAAAGGAUUUGACUGUUUGCUUCAAAAAGCAUACGGUAUUCCGGCUCCUCAUCACAAUUUAGCCGCACUAUCAAUCCAAGAAAAACUGGCUUAUAUGAAUAUGAAAAAGCAAAAGUUAGUUUCAUCAGACAUCAAGUCUUCAAACGAGGCUCUGUUCUUGAAAGAAGCAUUGCAGAGUAAUCCAAAGAUUUACGGUCUAAUAUUGAUGCAACCAUUGACCACCAGUGAUAUGAGUAAAUAUUAUGUUCAAGAAAAUAUUAUUCCAGAAGGUUUAAGCAGUCAUGAUUUUCAAUUACUAACACGCCCAUCUAAUUUGACAGUGAAUUCAGAUUUACCAAAAUUCGGUGAAAGAGCUGGUAAAGGCUUGGACAUUAUUCAGCCUUCAUUGGAACAUCUUGGUUUAAAGAUCCCGGAGACAAAUGUCACUCUAUUACCAUUACAGAAAAGCAAGACACUCAACCGUCAAAGUCGAAAAUUAAUUAAUUCUCAUCAAUCGCUUCAUAUGUAUGUUCGACAGUUUACACAAUAUCCUAUGAUAACACCAGAUAUUACACAACGUAUUUUAGGUGUAUUAUGUGCUUAUACAGAACACUAUCUGAAUCGUUUAAAUCAAUGGUGUAAACAACAACCACUCAGACUAUCGGAAGUAAUGCAGCCAGAAUGUGAAUUAUUUUUUAGUUCUACAUCAACAGUUACAGAUGUAUUAUCUGGAGAUAAGCAGACUGCCAACCAGUUAGAAAGUGAAAAUGCUGCAGACAUAUCCACUUCUCCAAUACAACAAACAGUCAGCAAUCAGGAAAUUCGUCAGCCUACCUUCCAUAUCUCACCUGCGAGACAAGCAGCAUUCGAAGCAUUACGUCAGGAGCUAGAAAAAGCUAUGAGAGACAGAGCAGCAUUGAGAAGUACUCAUGUUCCCAAUUAUUUUCGAUCUAAAGAAGGUAUUGGCUUCCUUUUGUCACAGGUUCCUGACGUUAAAAAACUCGCUAAAUUUGUUCCAGAAUUCAAUAAUACAAAUCAGAAUGUCACAAAAACUGAGAAAUCAACUUUAACAGAGCAAUCUAUUCCAACUUGUGAUUCACCUCCGAGAAUUGCCAGUCCGUUAUUGAGAACAUUAGAAACUGACAAGAUGACGACAAAUGAAACUGUAAGAAAAACUCACAAGUACAAUACUGAUCGAUCGGUGAUGAGUAAAGCGAACAUAAUUGACGAAAGCAGCAACUUCAGUAAACAAAUAAUGAAUACUGUUUCAGAUGCUGACAUUAAGACAGCUUUAACAAGAACUUCUAAAAGGAAUUGUUUCUACUAUUAUGAUACUGAUCCGACGGAGAUUGAACUGUAUAACCACCAUACCUCCGAAGUCCCUUUAGACUCUGUAGCUCUAGCUAGAGAAAAAGGAUUCGAGUACCAAAUAUUUUACAUAAACAUUCAACAGGCAUUGGUUGAAGAUCCUGUACGCCGACGAGUCCUGUUCACAAGUGUUAUUGGCGGUCCUCCAUACGGUCAGAUUUCAUUACGACGAAUGCGCGGAAUACGCUUAACACCAAAUCGUAUAAAUGUUGGUACAUUACAAUAUGGAGCAACGCGUAACUUUUCCGUGAAGUUAGUGAAUUGGGGUCCUGAGACUGCACACUUUCGGAUUAAACAGCUUCCUAUUCAUAGUGGCAUACGUGUUUUCUAUGCCCCAGGACCUAUUCCUGCAGGAUUAUCUCGGCAGGUGGUAAUAGAAGUGUCAAACCAAAUUCAACGUCACUUGGAAGAGAAUUCAUCUGACCAGAAUUAUGACCACAAUAUCGAUCAAAAUGAGGCAAGUGAAUUCAAGAAAACAACCAAUCUUAUAUAA